AUGGCUAACUACCUUGCUUCGAUUUUCGGUACGGAGCAGGACAAGGUCAACUGCUCCUUCUACUACAAGAUUGGCGCCUGCAGACACGGCGAUCGAUGCUCGCGCAAACAUGUCAAACCUUCAUAUUCGCAGACUAUCCUGAUGCCGAACAUGUACCAAAAUCCCGCCUAUGACCCGAAGAGCAAGAUGAACCCCAGCCAGCUACAAAACCACUUCGAUGCAUUCUACGAGGAUGUCUGGUGCGAGAUGUGCAAAUACGGCGAGAUAGAGGAGCUCGUUGUUUGCGAUAAUAAUAAUGACCACCUGAUUGGCAACGUCUACGCCCGAUUCAAGUACGAAGAAGAUGCACAAGCCGCCUGCGAUGCGCUGAACUCGCGAUGGUACGCUGCGCGACCCAUUUACUGUGAAUUAUCCCCUGUCACCGAUUUCCGGGAAGCCUGCUGUCGGUUAAACAGCGGCGAAGGUUGUGUUCGCGGCGGAUUCUGCAACUUCAUUCACCGAAAGGAUCCCAGCAAUGAGCUUGACAGGGAGCUUCGACUGAGCACAAAGAAGUGGUUGAAGGAGCGAGGUAGAGAUGCAAGGAGUGUCAGCCGCAGCCCUAGCCCAGAGCCGACGCGGAGGAGGUAUUAG